AGAUUUGUGAUCUUGAUGGUUCCUCUUACUUGUAUUGGCAAGGUCCUUGGUACUCUUGUUGUUUCUCUUCUAUUCCAAAUACCUGUCAUGGAACGUGUAAUUCUUGGUCUGCUUAUGAAUACUAAAGGCUUCAUUGAAAUUAUAGUGCUCAACAUUGGCUGGGAACAAAAGGUAUUGAGCGAUGAAGUAUUUUCAAUCAUGGUUCUUGUAACAAUUCUGAUGACAACAAUCAUCUCACACACAGUGGCAUUGAUCCACAAGCCAAGAAAAAGGCACAUAUCAUACAAGAACAGAACAAUGCAAAGUAUAGGAACAGAUAUUUGAUGUAUUGUUUAUAAUUUAUUUAUUAUUUUAUUCUAAAACGAUUUUUCUGGUUGAACCACCGGUUGGACUAGUAAACCAGUGAA